AUGAUAUUUCAUCAGGUCUUUUGGACAUUUCCACCGUGUGUUGAGGCCUUCAAGUAUUACAAGCCACUUAUCUCCAUUGAUGGCACCCACUUAUAUGGUAAAUACGGUGGGACUUUGUUGAUGGCCAUAGCGCAAGAUGGCAAUGCAAACAUUCUGCCAAUUACAUUUGCAGUUGUUGAGGGUAAGACAAAGAAGGUGUGGUCGUUCUUUCUUUCGUACCUACGGGAGCAUGUGACACCACAACCAGGGGUAUUAGUGAUUUUAGACAGACACAAGUCCAUUGAUGGAGCACUGAACGCCGAAGGAAGUUUAUGGAAACCACCUCAUGCCUUCCAAGCGUGUUGUACAAGACACAUUGCAGCCAACUUCAUGACCCACUUUAAGAACAAAGACUUAAAGAAGGUUCUUAUUAAUGCAGCAUACUCGAAGUCGCGUCGUGAGUUCGCUCAUUAUUAUGGCCGUCCGAGAGGCGAAAAUGUAGCUAUUACAAACUGGCUUGAAGAAAUUCCACGGUCACAGUGGCCACAGUAUGCUGAUGAGGGUCGUCAAUUUGGUCACAUGACAACCAAUAUCUCUGAGUGUAUUAAUGCUGUUAUGAAGGGUUCCCGCAAUUUGCCAAUCACGGCUCUUGUUAAGUCAAGUUAUUUCCGUUUGGGUGAAAUUUUUGCAAGGAAGGGUUCCGAGGCACUGGCCCAACUUCAGGUUGGUGCUAAAUUCUCACAGACAUUGAUGAAGGCCAUAGAAUUCAACUCGAAGCACGUGAACACUAUGAAUGUUUACCAGUUUGAUCGAUUGAGGACAAACUUCACGGUUGAAGAGUUAGCGACAGUUUCUGGAUCCAGGCAACAGAGUUAUCAGGUGCUGCUUGAUGAGCGCAAGUGUGAUUGUGGGUAUUUUCAGGCUCUUCAUAUUCCUUGUCGUCACGUGCUUGCAGCUUGCUCUCAUGCAAGACUUGAUUGGAAGCGGUUUGUACACCCUGUGUACCGCAUGGAGUCGGUCUUCAAUGUUUACAGAUCAAAGUUUCGACCGAUAGGACACGAGGAUGAUUGGCCAUCGUAUGACGGUCCCCGAAUCCGGCCCAACCCUAGGACGAUGAAAGAGAAGAGAGGUCGCCCCAUGAGCUCCAGGAUUCGUAACAACAUGGAUGACGUUGAGUAUAAUGGGGAGAAGUGGUGCGGAUUGUGUCGCCAAAGCAGACACACGCGGAGGACUUGCACCGCUCUUGGUGAUGGAGGGGCAUCUUCUAGUCGACGAUAG